UUGCCCCUGUCCAUUAUGGCUGCCGCUGCCCGACUGCUUCCGGCGGCAGCGGCGCUCGUUGGCCCUCAGUAAAGAUGAGCAGCGAGCAGGCGAGGUGCCCUGGCGGCCGCGGUGAGGGACUGAGAUGCACCCCAGUGGCAAACAGCACCAAGUUUCCACGUACGAGUUGAAUAAUCAGCUUCAUACCUGGCUUCUCUUCAGAACUCACAUUUUUUGCCUGUACUUCUAAUCUAGCACUUCACCAGAGGGACUUCUGAAAAUUUUUCAGUGUUUUUUUUACCACAUAAACAGAGGUCAUAGGACACUGCUGUCAUGUCCUGGGUUCAAGCUGCAGUCAGCCGAUCCAAUGAGGAUAUAUUUGAUGAAGAUGGAGAUGAGAUGUAUCUACUACAGAAGGAAUGGAACAGCACCAUGAAAAAAAGAUUGAAGGAAGGCUACAGGGAUGGAGUUGAGGCUGGGAAAGAACUUGCACUCCAGAAAGGCUUUAAUCAAGGUUACAGACACGGUGCUGAGCUGAUGAUUACAUGUGGCCAGUUCAAAGGAACCCUGAAUGCUCUCUUAUCCUGGUGUCGUUUUAAUGGACAUGAUUCUGCUUUAAGUAAGAUAAAUAAUCUUCUUGAUGUGGUUGGAAAGCAUGAAGAAGAUGUGCUUAAGUAUCUGAAUUCUACUGAAGAACAGCCACAUCUUAGACAUGUUUUAGACUCUGUUGAGGACAUGGACCUUAAUCACACAGCUUCAGCUGGGACAGAGUACAAGGAAGUUAAAGAUGGAAAACAAGAGGAUGGUGGCAGCUCUGGUGAAAACAUUUGUAGAAAUAAUGGUAAGGCUGGUUCCUUGCAGUCUGAGUGCAGCAAGGCAAACCUCCGCACAGAUCCUGAAAGGUCAACGCUUGCUUGGGUUAAAAAGCAGACUGUUUGGCUGGUAGAGCAACUGGGCUUAUCAUUGGAUAUACUCCAUCAUGUCCAGCAACUGAAACAUUAGUUUUUCUGUCUCAUGGUACUUAAAAUUAUCUCAACUAGUUUUGCUUCUCCCUUUGUGCACCAUGUACAGGCCAAUGCAUCACUUUGUUUUAGGAAAAUCUGAUACUUUCCAGUAAAAGUAAUUUCUGUAAAUCUUCACUAUGCUUUUGGCUCCUGGCAAGACCCCUCACUUUUAAUCUUAAGGUAACAUUGACAGAAAGGGGCAGUGACACUUAAAGCUCUCCAAACAGUUACUAAACAUGUUUCUGUUCUGCAUCAGAAACUCUCAUUUCAAUGUCACCUUCUCUUGGCAGGAAUUUGGAAAUAAAGCGGGUCCGUUAAAUAGCCCCUCUAAAUUGAUUCCCUCUGCUAUCUAAAGAAUAAAUGCCUAGUGCUAUGGACAAGCAACUCUUGCAGAAUAAGCUGGUGCUGCUGCUAUGCUAAAUAUAUGCAAAAUAGAACAGGAUUUGCUGCUGAUUCCUAGAGUGCUGUGACUCUAUAGUCAUUAUAUAAAAUACAGGAAUUUUUCUCCUUUUGUCAAAUUCUUCCUCUUAUCUUUUGUAACCACUAUACAGUGCAUUUUCACAGUUAAAAACUAUUUUUUCCUCCUUGUACAAUUCUAUUUAUUUUGUUUUGCUGAAAAUACACUAUUUUUCUCAAAUUCAGAAUUACUGACACUUCCACGUUUUAGACUCUUACCCUGUCAGACCACACUAAAUAUGCUUCCAGUCUAAUGAACAUCCUUGUGUUAUUUUUGUAUUUCUUUUGCCAUUCUCUCAAGCCUGAACUCUUUCCCACAUUCCCAUAAUGUUUUUCUCAAACUCUUCAAGGAAGCCAGGCUUAUUCAGCCUGGCAAACACAUCAGCCAACACAUGCAUAUUUCUGACAACUUUGUAUUUCUGUGCCAGCAUUCUGUAUUUGACUCAUUUUCUUAUUGGUUGUCUUAACUGUAGCUGUAAACUGCUCUGUUCAGGAAGUUUUUGCUUGGUGAAUGCCUCUCUAUUUUACACUAAUUAAACUGUUUUAUAGUAAGUUAAGAGUUUGCUUAUUUUAAGUUGCUUGUAACCUUCCUUCAGAUCUGAGACAAAGCAAGUCUAGACAGAGACAAACUAAAAUUUUGAACAGUCGACUAUACUUGCAGAAAAAAAACAAUCCAAAAAACACCCACAGAACACUUUCAUACUUUGAGACCAGAAAAAAACUAAGGCAAAAAUUACUUGAUUUUCAGAACCUGAGUUUACAGCUUUCUUACUAAAGACACUGUUAUCCUGUCACACAGGUGGUAGAGUGUAAGUUUGGUUGCCAUUCAGUACCUCUUCUGCUUUAGGGGUAAACAAAACUGCAGUUAAGAGUGUUACUGAACCUGUUUCUGAAAUAAUGGACAAAUAGGGCUGUCUGCAUUAAUUGUGUCUGUACAAAAUUACUCAAGUAACUUUUUCUCCAUUUAUUUAGCAUAAUGUUGCCGUGGAUAAACAUUACUUUUCUACAA